AUGACCAAGCCAGCGAGAAAGAAAUUUCCUCAGGCCAUGGGAAGCUGUAGUGCUGGCGAUCAGGCUCCUAUCCAGAACGACGGAUCCGGUUCUUGUACUGCACGACGGUGCGUUGGGAGUUCGCAAUGCACCUUCUUGUCACCAGGCACCGCAGUGGAUGGGUGGAUGGCCCAGAAACCAACAUGCGGAAGAUCGUGCGACGGGGUCGCGGCAUGUUCGGACGAUCCAUCGGGCCUGGGAGAUUCUCUUUACGACGAGGGCCACGCGCAAACUGAACGAACAUAUGUUUUCGGAGGCAUCGAUGCCGGGAUAGACACGUACGGAACGCUGCAGGGUUUUGUUAGCCAGAUGACGGAGCCAGGGAUGGGAUAUACGGUGGAGAUUACCUGGGACGACGUCACGGGCAUCCAUCGCAUCCUCAUAUUCGAUGAAGCCAAACCCGUUCAUCAGCUUGAUCUCCGUGAUCUUUCCGGAGCCAUGGGUGCUGAAAUGUUCUUCGAUGUCCUGUUUGGUUACUGGGAAAAGCCCAUGGCGCCCCGAGAGGCGCCAUAG